AACGAAAGCAAACCAAACCCAGAAGGGUGGGGGAAACAAAAAAAAAAGCGGAGAGAAACACCACCUAGGGCGGGCUCUGGCCAUGCCCAAGCCCUGCAGCUCGCCGGCCGCUUGCCCCGGGCGCUGCGGGGUGGCCCCCGGCAGGUAGCCAGGCUGGAGGACGCGGGAGCUCCCUCUCGUUCUGCCUUCCACAACUGCCUGAAGUUGAGAGGUUUGGUUUUGGUGGGGUUUUUUUUCCCCUUCUUCCUCCUCAUCUCCGCAGCACCUGCACCUCCCCGGAUAAAUCCAUCUUAGAGAAGGUUUUUUGUCAGUUCAGCCACCUCAUCCCGAACUGCAGGCAAAAGAACUUCUCGGAGCAGCGGCUCACCGGCUGGAGGAAACUUUUCGUCAAACUUUUCUGGUGCUUUUGCUCUGCUCUUUUUUUUUAACCCCUUGAGUUACUUGGCAGCACCCAGACGGACUGGGGAGCCUGCUCUUUUCAGGCAGAGUAACACUCCCCCUCGGGCAUCCCAUGAAUUAGAAAAGCAGGCGGAGAAGAGGAAUAAAGUUAUUAAAGGGAGGGAGGGGAAACUUAAAAACUUGCACUUUGAGAAGAAGUGAAGGAAAAACCAAAAUCCUCAGCCCAAGGAUGAAGCGGUGAAUGGAAAGAACAAUUUAACUGGAAUCAACAAGUGGGAACUUUUGCACGCCUUGUUCUUCCCCUCCCUUCCCGCUUGCAGAAACUUCGCUGCUGGCAAGAAAAUUUAACUCCCUUUUUGCGGACCUCUCCUCCUCGUGCCUCACAAAGGGAUAUUACCGGUCACCUGCAACACACCAUGGUCCCCAGGCCCAGCGCUGCCCUGGCCGUCUAUGCCCUUCAGGGGCUUUUUCUGCUCCACGGUCUUGCUGAGGAAGAAUUUUUUGAGAAAGCAACACUAAGCACUGCAAAAGACCAGAUUGUCAUCUUACCAGGAGACACCCUGAAAAUAAAAUGCAGGGGAGCACCUUCUGUAAGCUGGCUUUUGAGGGGGAACCUGAAGGAAGACCCCCGGGUGCACAUAAGCAAUUGUUCCAAUAACACAAGGCAAAGCUGCAGCAUGCUUGUCAUCAGGAAAGUCAUAGCUAAUGACACUGGUUACUUCACCUGCAUUCACAAUGACUUUCCAGAUAAUGAGGAUCUCAUGGCCAAGAUUUAUGUGUAUGUUAAAGACUACAGAAAUCCAUUUGUGGAGAUCCACCCGGAACAUCCUGAAAUAAUCUUCAUCCUAGAUGCUAAGAAAACGGUUGUUGUCCCUUGCCGGGUCACCUCACCAGAUAUCAGACCUAAGCUUACCCAGUAUCCUUAUUCUGUAGAGAUGAACUUCAAGAAGGUGUCGUGGGACCCAAGAAGAGGAUUUGUCAUCCCCUCUCAGUCUUUUGUUUACUCUGGAGUACUCACAUGCACUGCAAAUGUCAAUGGGAAAGUGUUCACCUCUUAUUACCUAGCACAGAGACUGGAGGGCAGAGUGCAGAACCUGGCUCUAAAGGCAACUCCCAAAAAACUGCUGGUGGGAGAAACUCUCUAUUUGGAAUGCAGAGCAGAAACCUUCAUCAACGGGCGCAUCGAGUUCAUAUGGAUAUCUCCUAGUGGGAGACACCCUCACCCUAGAAAAAACAUAGACCAUAGUGGCAGUGUGUAUAAAGUUGGCAGUAGCCUGACAGUAGAAAAUGUGACCAUGCAGGAUGGAGGUGUCUAUGUGUGCAAAACUGUCAAUGUAACCAGGCUGGAGGCCAACGUCACGGUCACAGUGUAUGACAAACCUUUCAUUACAGUUUCACAUAAGAAAGGGCCUUACUACGAGAUUACAUCAGGACACAGGUCACUGAAACUGGCUGCAAAAGUGGAUGCCUUCCCUCGUCCAAGUGUCACCUGGUACAAAGAUGGCAAACUGAUCAAGGACAACCAUACCUGCUACGAGCCAGAUCCAGUGAGGUACAGACUGGGCAUAAGAGAUGUGAGACCAGAGCAUGCUGGGAACUACACCAUCGUCCUGAGCAAUGCCAAAUAUGGGCUCUAUAAGAACCUCACCAUGCAGCUGGUGGUGACAGAGAGACCCAAAAUCUAUGAAAAGGAAACUGAUUUUGAUAAGAUUGAGAGGGUGGAAUUAAGAAGUAAGCACAAAAUCCAGUGUACUGUAAGUGGGAAUCCUGACCCGAAGAUUGAGUGGAAGUGGCAGCCCUGCAGCCUGACAGACACACUAUGCAAGCCUGAUGGGCAAAAGGUUGUGGUUCAGGAGAACAUGGUCAUAGGCAACAAGAUCAGAAGCAUUGAAAACCUGACUGUGAAGCAUGGGGAUAAAAGAAAGAUUGUGAGCACACUGACUACAGAGGAAAGCAGUGCCUCAGGAAUCUAUUACUGUGUGGCUUCAAACAAGAUCGGUGAAGAAGAGAGGAGCAUUGAGUUCUAUGUAUCAGAUGUGCCAUCAGGGUUACAAGCAGAGCCACACGUCACAACCAUUGUGGGGAAUGAGGUGCAGCUGACCUGCAGGGCCUCCAAGUACAUCUACAGUCAGCUGGCCUGGUACCACCCCUCCUCAGAGGUGGCUCUCAGUGACUCCCUCAUCAAGAAAACUGACAACUACUCCAUUUCUUUGACAUUGGUCAUUACAAAUGUCACAAAGGAACAGAGUGGCCUCUACAAGUGCAGAGCCCAGAACCAGCACAACAGCACUGACACGCUGGAGCAGCAUACUCAGCUCUUUGUCAGAGCAAAGGCAGCACCGUACGUGAUACAAAACCUCACGGAUCUGGAGGUUAACAUCAGUGGCAAGAUCAUUCUGGAGUGCAAAGUUGGUGGAACCCCAGAACCUCAGAUUACUUGGAGGAAGAAUGGCUACCCCAUCUCAGCAGCAUCAGGAAUUUCCAUGGAAAAUAAUACCCUGGUCAUAGAGAGAGUGAAAAAGGAUGAUGAGGGGCUCUAUGAGUGCAGAGCCUCCAACGACGUGGGCCAAGACAGCACAUCAGCCUUCAUUAAAAUCCAAGGUUCUGAGGAGAAAUCCAACAUUGAAGUUAUCAUUUUGGUCUGCACUGGUCUGGCUGCCACCCUCUUCUGGCUUCUUCUGACCCUGUUCAUUCGGAAACUGAGAAAACCUGAUGCCACAGACAUUAAAACAGGAUACCUGUCAAUUAUAAUGGAUCCAGAGGAAAUGCCUCUUGACGAGCAGUGUGACCGCCUGCCCUACGACAGCAGUAAAUGGGAGUUCCCCAGAGACAGACUGCGGCUGGGUAAAACACUGGGUCAUGGUGCUUUUGGGAAGGUGGUGGAGGCGUCUGCUUUUGGCAUUGAUAAAUCUUCAACCUGCAAAACAGUUGCCGUAAAAAUGCUGAAAGAAUGUGCAACUACUAAUGAAUGCAAGGCUUUAAUGUCUGAACUGAAGAUCCUCAUCCACAUAGGACAUCAUCUGAAUGUAGUCAACCUGCUGGGAGCCUGCACCAAAGCUGGAGGUCCUUUAAUGGUCAUAGUGGAAUACUGCAAAUAUGGAAAUCUGUCCAACUACCUAAGAGGAAAACGAGGAGAUUUCAUUGCAUACAAGUCUCAGGAAAGCUCUGACCAGGCAGAGAAAAGCCUGGAUGAGUCAAACAGUGAUUUGACCGAACUGAUCAAGAGGCGCCUGGAGAGCGUGGCCAGCACAGGGAGCUCUGCCAGCUCAGGAUUUAUUGAAGAUAAGAGUUACAGCGAUUCAGAGGAUGAUGAAGAAGAUGCUGAGGAUCUGUACAAGAGGCCCCUGACUUUGGAGGAUUUGAUUUGCUACAGCUUCCAAGUGGCAAAAGGGAUGGAGUUUCUCGCCUCCCGAAAAUGCAUUCACCGGGACUUGGCAGCCAGGAACAUCCUUCUCUCAGAGAACAACGUGGUGAAGAUCUGUGACUUUGGCCUGGCCAGGGAUAUUUAUAAAGACCCUGACUACGUACGGAAAGGAGAUGCAAGACUUCCACUCAAAUGGAUGGCUCCAGAAGCUAUUUUUGAUAAAAUUUACACAACACAAAGUGACGUAUGGUCUUUUGGAGUGCUGCUAUGGGAAAUAUUUUCUCUAGGUGCCUCCCCAUACCCUGGAGUGCAGAUAGAUGAGGACUUCUGCCGACGGCUCAAAGAAGGAACCCGGAUGAGAUCCCCAGAGUACUCUACUCCAGAAGUCUACCAGACAAUGCUGGAUUGCUGGCACGGAGUCCCCACGGAGAGGCCCACGUUUACUGACCUGGUGGAGCGCUUAGGAGACCUUCUUCAGGCCAACGUGCAGCAGGAUGGUAAAGAUUAUAUUCCACUGAACAUCACCUUGUGUCCUGAUGGAGACUCUAACUCCAAAACCUGCCCUGUGGAAGAAGACUUGAACAACAGUGUCAAUCGCUGGAGUGCAGUGGAAACUGGUAACAACAGCAAGAAGCGACCACUGAGUGUGAAGACAUUUGAUGAGGUGCCAGUGGAAAAGGAGAAAGUGACACAUGAGGAAUCAGACAGUGGGAUGGUGUUGACAUCAGAGGAGAUCAGAAGCCCCAAGAGGCUGGAAAUCCGUUCUUGGCCUUAUGGGAUCAUGGCUCUGGCGAGAAGAGCUGUUAGCAAGAGCAAGGAAUCCAUCCUGUCUGACCACGACCGUGAAGCUGUCAAAUACCAGCCAGCUGCACAGGUAGAAGAGGACACCAUGGACUUGACACUGGAAGACUCUGUUCUCCUUCCUAUGGAUCCAAACCUGGAAUGCCACAGCCCACCUCCAGAUUACAACUCUGUUGUUCACUACUCAGCCCCUCCAGUGUAACCAGCCCAGCCUGGCCCAGGGCAUCCUGCACCACUCUUAACCACGUGAGAUUCAUACACACCUCCACGCCUGGAUCAAGGGGCUGGCUAAAAAUGGAAGGGAAAUCUGACAGGAUAAUGGCUCCUGUUUCUUCUGGCACAUCUCUGAUGUGAAUAGAAACAUUUUAAGAGCAUCUUCUUGACUAUCUCUCAAGGCCUAUUGCAGCAUAUGCAGCAAAUCAAACUUCUGUCUAUCCAAGCAGUAAGUAGGAGCUGUAACCCCGAACUGCUUCCACUCCUGCCUCUCCCAGCUGGGAAGGCAUUGGUGUUUGUAGAUUUACAGGUUCCUUCCUUCACAUUUUACUCCAUAAGAGCUACCAAAAAUCAUGCCAAGCUAGCUCUGAAAACAAGAUUCAUUCUGCUGGUCCUGCACCCAUCCUGCAGGGAUGCUGGAAGGGAGCAGUAGCAAACAACAGCCAUACACACCACUGCUUUGCUUUUGGAGAAAUCCAAACCUGAAACAUUCUUAAUUUGGGGGCUUGCCUUGCAUAAAGAUUUCUGAAAUAUUCUGAAAUCCAAAAUAUUCUGUGUAUCAUUUGUGAUGUAAUAAUGUCCACUGCCUACAAGACACACAUCUCAAAUGAGAAGGCACAGAGAGAGGAGGCAGAACUCCCAUCCAGAGGCAGGCUGGUCUUUUGGGCCAGCAGGGCAUACAGUGCAGUUCAGUAUUUCUCCCUGUGUUUUCUCCUUGCCCAUACAGCAAUUUAUUUGGCAACCAUGCAAUAGGGAACCUUGAUGGGAGACGCACAUCUAAUGACUGCAAGGCCAAGUCACUGCCUUAAAUAAGAACUUUCUUUAGCUUAAAUAGGAUUUACCACACAGGUUUUUGUCAGUGUGCAUAAAAUACUCAUUAAAAACAAGAGUUACACACAAAAUGCACAUACACCCUUGAGGCACUAGCAGGGUUACAGCAUUGUUAUGUUUCCUUUCUGCACACAGGCUAUUUACUAAAAUAAAUAAAUACAUAAAAAAGCAUUUCCUUUGGAUUCUGUGGCAAAUGCCCAGCAGUUUGAUCCUGGGAAUCCCAGCCUGUGAUAAACUGUAAGCACAUGUGGCACAGCUUUGUCUCUGUUUGUUUGCCAAGGUAAAUACUGGUUUGAUAUGCAAUGCUCUGCCUGGGUUCCUGGAAAUUCAAAGUUUUUUGGAUUUUUUGCAGCCCAAUCACACAGGACUGAACUGAUCACAGGUCCUCACAUGUGAGGAAUUUCAAGCAUGCUGCCCCCUGCCCAAAAGUUGCAUGUGGCAGAGACUGAAUACCCACACACAGCCCAUGUAUGUGCACAAUUUAAUAAGCAAAUAAUCUGGGUUAUUUUUAGCCUGACACGGAACAAUGAGUUGAUUUUAGAAGCCUAGGAAGAUAAAAGGUAUCUAAGUUGCAAGUAAAAAAAGGAUGAGAAGGAUUUUCUUUGACAGCCAAGGCUAUCACCUCCUAAGUUAUGAACUGACAUCUAUAAAUCUGGGCAGUUUCUUCCAAGGGCUGCAUGACCCUUUUCUUAGACUUGAUGCUGAUUUGACUUCUUCAGAGAAAAACACUUUUUUCUCCAUGAUUAAAAACUAAAGGAAAACAAGAAAUCCAGUGCUUGCCAAACAAUUCUGUUACCUUGGGGAAGCCAGCCUGAACACCCUCACAGCAGUGAAGAAAACAAUUCUGGAUGAUGGGUUACAGUUGGUUACGUUGCAGUAAACACAAACAAGCCUCAGGUAUUAUCAAGGGGGGAACUAAUCUCCAACCCCCAAACCAUGUUAACUGUGAAUGCUCAAGCAUCUGAAGGAUGGGCUCCUGAGAACUGCACUUCUCCUGCUCCUUGACUUCAGAUUCAGUGUUUUAAGGAAAUCACCUGCAGUAGCUCACAAAACUUUUGUUCAUAGUGGACCUGCUGGCUAGCUGUGAUCUGUUGAUGCUUUAUGGUUCUUUUUUGCACUUCUUUGUAUUUUAGUACCUAUGUAUUAAGUAGGGCUGGUCAUAGAACAGAGGAAACAACUGGGAAAAAUUAAUCUGAUGAGCUGCAGAAAGCUCAUUGGAUUGGUUUUUCAUCAAACAGUAAAUGAUCUAUAGGUCUGAUCAAAUAAUCAAUCGUUUCUUUUGGAAAUAAUUUAUUCACAUGGCAAAAAGAAAACCAGGUGCAGACAGUUUGGCACCAGCCUGAGAGGGUUUGUUAUUGUGCCUUGUUCUGGAGGAUAAGAAAAACAAUGUUCAAAAACCCUUGCUUGUAAACCUUAAAAUAAGUACCUGUAGGAAAAAAACCCUGCAGUUAUGCCUCUAUUUUGAAAAAGAAUGGGAAACACUGCUGGGUGAACUGUUUGCUUCUAAGAGAGCUGAGAACAUCACCUGCCCACUGUCUCAAGGCUGAACUGUAGAGGUUCCUAAGCAGGACCCCGUGGGCACUGAGGGAGCUCUGGCUCUCAGCCCUUCUGCUGGGAACCUGCUGUAGGACCAGAGACCAAAGCUCAAGACACAGCUGAAAAUACUGCUGGCACUGACAGAACCUCAACACUGGGCUCACCUCUGCAGUGGCAAAAUCAAGAGCCAGCUGGGGAAACGUUGGUGGCCACAUCUGAGAGCAAAGGCAACCUCCCAGCCUGCAGUGGCCUUCAAGGAAUUCUUCCAGAACUUCUGGAAAUGACAAGUGACUGGGUUUGCAAUGUUUAUGUUGAGUGGAAGAUUUUUUUUUCCUCUUUAUAGUAACUGUAACAAGCAGAAGUAUUGCCUGAAAAGUAUUAUUGAACAUAUGUCUUGUAUUUUAUUUACUAAUAUUUUGUUUGACCUUUUCUCUCCCUUAAUUUAAUUAUUGUUCUUUUCUUACAGUGAUGUAUAUAAUUUACCCAGUAGGAACAAAUAUAGUGAUUCAUUUAUAUGGUAAAAUUUGUAUCAUUUUAGGCAAAAGAGAAAGAGAUACCCAGACAUAACAGAGUUAAGUAUUGUUACUAAACCUCUCACUAAUGCUUGCAGGCCAGGCUCCAGUUUACAGUACCCUACCAGUGCCAUUUCAUAGCAGUUCUCCACUUGGCUGCCACUAUCUGUGCCUCUCAUUUAUUCUCCACAUUUAGUUUCAGUUAGGAAACAGGGAUCUGGUGGAAUCUGGCAGGUCUCUCUCAUUCCUGGAAGUGUCACCAUGCAGCUCACGGUAAAGGUGAGGAAUUCCCACUGCCUCUGAACUGAGGGCUGGUGUAUUGGCAAGGGGAUCAGAAGGGGCCAAAUUGUUUUAAAGAUGAUGCUUAUUACUUCUUCAGACUUCUCAGGGAUUCUUACUUGACUUCUGUCAGCCACCUCUUUAUCUAACCUGACUGAGCUCAACAGUAUCUGGUAUUAACACAUCCCUUUCAAUGUGUGUCCUUCAGUGGUGCUUAACUCCCCCUGAUCUUCUCCUCUUGUAACCCCAGAGAAUUAUGGCAAAGGAACUCAGAGCUCACCACAAAGUUGUCUUCUCUCCAACAACCACCUGCAACAACCACCAGGUGUCCAAGGAUAAGUGCCUUCACCUGCAUGUUAUUUUUCAGGUUGAUGUUUUUAGCAGCCUGCUUUUCUCUCUCCUCUUUUCUCUACUGCCCAUCUAUUUCUUGAUACCUGUUCUUCCCAGUCCCUUUAGAUUGCUUUCCUCUCCCUUUUGAGUGAAAUCAGGAAUGGGACUCAUUUCACUUCCAGAUGCUGAACUAGAUGAUCUGAAGCAAGCUCUCACAUUGGAUUUUUCCCAAUGCAGGCAAAGGAAAACUAGUUUAUAUUGGCUUAUCUGGAAGCCUCUCUGUAUCCUUCCCUGAACAAGAGAAGCUUUUUCACCUACUGAUUUUUUUCAGUAUUGCUAUCUGGAACAAAACAAAGGUUGGGGACUCUCUCUGUCCAUCUCGUCUUUCUCCUAGUCCUUUCUCAAACAAUGAGGUUCCUCUCCAGUCCUUCCAAAUUAUCCUCACAAGAAGAAGGGUCCUAGCCAGGAUAUUCAGGCUAUCAAGGAAGGUCAGAUAAAAACCUAAAGUUUGAGGAAGUCUCAAAACUGAAAUCUGAGCCCAGCCAGUGCUGAAGAUGUGGAUGCAUUUAUGGCUGCCUGCAGGCAGAAACUGCUCUGUGUAGGACACCCUACUGCUUCCAUCCCUUCUCUUCCCUGAGCCUGUUUGGCAAACCAGGAGGAAUCUGGUGUGUCCAGGCACUUCCCUCUUUGUAUUUUCCCUCCUGUGUACUGUCAGUCAACAAGUGAGCCUGGAGCUGGCCAGCCAACAGUUAGUGACUGAUCUUAUGAUCCUUCAUCCUGAGUGUUGGCACUGCCUUGUCACAUCCUAUCUUGCUUUACCAAGCUGCUCUGGCCCUAAUCCAGCUGUAAGGGUUGUGGUCCUGGGUCCAUGGUCUCUAGAUCCCACCAGCACCAAUUGCACAGCACUGGGAAGUGUUUGCAUGGAAACCUCACCAGCUACAUGAGGGAAAGCAGUACCUGGUUUUCCUGAGGACAGGAGUUGGCCAGGAUGGGAAUCACUCUCAAAGAUCAGCCUUUUCCUACCAUCAAGUGAAUGGAAACUUCAGAAGGCAGCAAUAAUUCUUUUGUCCCUCCCUGCAAAUACUAAUGGCCAAACCCUAGGAUUUAACUUCAGUUAACUGGGGACAUGAAAGAAAUAACCUAAAUGCCAUGUAACAUGAAGGAAUGUUUGUCUGCCAUGUUCCUGUCUGUCUGAAGAAUGUAUGCACUGAAACCAACGCUUUCUUAUGUAGUCAAAAAUUGUACUGUAUCUAUUAACCAAAAAAAAAAAAAGAAAAGAAAAUAAAAAGAUUCUAUAUUUAUACA